CGAAGGUGUCGCCAUGAUACGCCCGCAGACAGACAAGUGAACGGCAGGUGCGUUCAGAAACUACACGUAAAGAAAGGUCGCCGAACGGACGACGAGUUGUUUUUGGCGCGUGCGCGGUGAUUUUCGGAAACAUUUCAGGGAGGACAAAGAACACAAGACGGACAUGUCCCGAAAACAAACUUUGGAAGAAGAUGCCGGAGAAGUCACGUGGCCGGAAGUUAGCCGCUCGCAGCCAAUCAGCAUCGCCGCCGGCAGCAGGAGUAAACGGAGGGAAUGUUUGUCAUCUUCGGCACCAUGUGUCCCGAACCCGUUCCCGGAAUUGGGCGGCCCAUCUGUGUCCCCCGUUGCCACGUCGACGCUUUCACCACCAUCCCACAAGUGGUGUCACUUUGAAGCGUCCGAGCGGUUCGGCAGUACGAGCCCAGAUGGAACAGAUGGGAAAUCGCUAAAGGUUUUCGACACAGACGAGCGCGCCCGUUGGAUACGCGUUCGUGACGGUGCGACAGCAGCGGAUGUCUGCGGCCUGUUGGCGAGCGUAUCCCGACGCGGUGUGGACCGGGAGAACCGGGCACUGCUGGAGGUUCGCCCCGCCCUCGGCCUGGAAAGGUGCUUGGAGGACCACGAGGUAGUGCCGGAGGUCGAGGCCGGCGACCGGACCCCCGAGGCUGACGUGCGGCUGGUCUUCAGUGAGAAUUACGCCAAGUACCAAUUCUUCCGCCAGCCCGGGCUCUUCUUUCCAGACGCCAUGAUCUCAGACAGCGCGGACGGCGACAAAGUCAUGACGUCGCAGCGGCUCGUGCAGGACCUGGUCCGGUCGGGCUCGUGUCCCGAGAUCCAAGGCUUCCUGCACGUGAAGGAGUCGCUGCGCGAGUCGUGGAAACGCCGGCACUUACUCCUGCGACGUUCGGGACUCUACCGCUCGUCCAAGGGCGCUUCCAAGGAGCCCCGCCACCUUCACUACGUGGCCGACAUCACCGACCAUCACGUCUACAAUGUGUCCGACGCGCGUAAAGUCUACGCCGCGCCCAAGCGCUUCUGCUUCGCCAUCGCGCCAUCGGGAAGUCCGGUACGCCUUCCCCACCUCAAGAUGUUUUGCGCCGACAGCGAGCGCAGCAGAACUUGCUGGACAUCCGCCUUCAGAUUGUUCAAGUAUGGGAAGCAGCUACAGAUGAACUUCCAACAAGCCACAUGUAGUCGGCCACCGCCGGAUGGCCAGACCAACCUGACAGAUGGCAAAGCCAAGUCGGAAGCCUGUUUGGUGGCGAUGGACUUUUCCGGAAGCGCCGGCGGUCGAGUCGUGGAGAACCCCGCCGACGCCGAGUGGUGCGAAGGACGUCCUCCGAGGCGUCACGAAGUUCUCCUUUGCGGCCCGCCCGUUUUGAACUCGCUGCCCGACGCGCCGCUCCACGAGGGCCGGCCGUGGUUCCACGGCGACGUGUCCAGGGAGCAAGCGCGGCUGCUGAUGGAGAAGCGAGGCCUCGUCGAUGGGACGUUCCUGAUCCGGAGCAGCCGGCAGCACGCGCGGUGCUUCGUCUUAUCCUUGUGCUUCCGGCAGAAGACCAAACACUUCCUGGUCAUCCCCUGCGAGGACCGCGAGCGUCGAUAUCUGACCAUGGACGACGGGGUGACGCUCUUCGCGGACCUGCUGCAGCUGGUGGAUUUCCACCAGAUCAAUAAGGGCAUCCUGCCCGUCUGCCUCAAGCACCCGUGCACAUGCGAUUCGACGUCGAUUAGGUCAUGACAUGUCUUUAAUUUGACCUUUCUCUUUUUGUGAGGGAAGGUAUUGUUUUCUUAGAUUUUUUUUGUUUGUUUUGGCAAAUUUCUCCCAGGGCAUAACACUAGACAUCAGGGGUCCCCAAACUUUUUCCUGUGUGGGCCACAUGACUUUUCCCUUCUCUGAUGAGGGGCCGGGGUCAGUUUGUAACAGAAAAAGUGUGACGAUUGCAGGAGUGCCUAAAUGUAAAAAAAAAAUUGUUUUUCAGAAAGCCACAAUCAAAUAACCCUUUCUGGAUUCUUCACGGAACAAAAGUAAAUGAAAUAAAAAUAAUAAUUAUUUAUUAUUAUUAUUAUUAUAACACUAUUAAUUAAAUAGAUAAUAACCAAAUAACCCUCUCUGAGUUCAUCACAGAAAAAGGCCAGGAAAUAAAUAACACUAUUGAGAAAAAAUAAAAUGCUCUCUGGUAAUGUUCAGGGGGCGGGACCAAAUGUGGAGGUGGGCCGUAGUUUGGGGACCCCUGCCAUACAUGGUCAUUUUUAGAAGAAAAAAAAAAGACCUUAAUAUAUAUGGUCAUUUUUUAAAGAAAAAAGCCUUACAAGACAUGGUCAUUUUAGAAAGAAAAAAAAAGCCUGACUAUAAAUGUUUUUUUUAGGAAAAAAAAAAAAAAAAAGCCUUACUAUACAUGCUCAUUUUUCAAGGGAAAAAAAAAGCUUUACAUGGUCAUUUUUUAAAGAAAAAAAAAUCUUGCUAUACAUGGUCGUUUUUUCAGGAAAAAAAGCCUGACUAUACAUGGUCUUUUUUUAUUAUUAAGAAAAAAAAAAAAAAGCCUUACUACACAUGGUCAUUUUUUGAAGAAAAAAGCAUUACUGUAAAUGGUCGUUUUUUGAAGAAAAAAAAAACCUUGCUAUACAUGUUUUUUUUUUUUUUUAAGAAAAAAUAAAACCUUGCUCUACACGGUUGUUGUUUUUUUAAGAAGAUAAAAAGCCUUACUGUACAUAGUUUUUUAAAGAAAAAUAAAAGCCGUACUAUACAUGGUCAUUUUUUGAAGAAAAAAAUACUUGCUAUACCUGGUUAUUUUUUGAAGAAAAAAGCCUUACUAUCCAUGGUCAUUUUUUGAAGAAAAAAACCUUGCUAUACGUGGUCGUUUUUUA